ACUGCAGGGGAACCACAGGAGCUCACACUCUAUACUGCAAGACAUCUCUGCUAUACUUGUAUGGACCCUACACAAUCAGUUGUGUCACCACACCUCAUUCCUGACUUUCAGGCCUCUCUGCUACUCAGAUGCUACAUGUGUUUAACCCGCUCAGAAAGUCUGGCAGUGACACUUGCUUGUCACCUGAUGGUCCUCACAACUGGAAACGGACAGCCAUCCGAAGACCACCUCCCUCUCCCUCCGUCCCAACCUCGACAUCUCAACCAAACACCCCAUUUAACAUCCCAGAGGUGCGCGUGGAGCGCUCUUACAGUGCGGACGCUCUUGCCAAAGACAGCGAUGAGGAGGAGGGUGGAGAUGGGGGUACACUGUGCGCUCCCCGUACAAUGUGGAGGACAAAGAGUGAGUCCCAGCUGGACACAAGGGGCGGGUUUAGGGAAGGUGCACUUGGGAGGAAUGAAAAAUCCGCCAGUGGAUGGAGCUUACCGUCCCCAAAAACGCUGAGGAAGAAGAGGAGGGCGGCAAAAGUCACGGCAGCAAAGCAACAUCUACUCUCCUUCUUUUUGGGAUCAAACAAGUCUCUAGCCUCUAGUGUGGAAUCUGUUAUCGGCUUUGUUUGUGACAGCGACAGGACACAUCUACACAAAAAGAAAGAAGCAAAGCACAAGAGAAGCCACCUCUCUCUUUUUCGUCUUUGGCCUUCUCAUUCUUCGCACAAUGGACGACCAAGUGUGGAUGAAGUGCUCAGCUGGGAACAGUCUCUCGAAAAUCUUCUCUCUCACACAUAUGGGCGUACUCUCUUUCGUGUGUUCCUUCAGUCGGAAUACAGUGAAGAAAACCUUGACUUCUGGCUUGCCUGUGAAGAAUAUAGAGAUACCCACCCACACUUUUUACUGCACAUCCGUGCACGCAAGAUUCACCAACACUAUAUUGCUCCACAGUCCCCCAAAGAGGUAAAUCUGGACUCUGGCACAAGAGAGCUUACUGAACAUAACCUACUCCUUCCAACACGCUCAACAUUUGAUGAGGCCCAGCGCAGGAUCUUUGGCUUGAUGGAGCGAGACUCCUUCCCUCGCUUCCUACGCUCUGAACUGUACCAGAACUUGUUACACCCACCCAAUGGGGCCUGUUGAGUUGGAAACCAACAUGGCAGCUUUGGGGGAAUAAAGGACAUAUAGACCCAAAGUUUGUUUGAGAGAUGUGGCCAUUUUGAGUGGAAAUUUAUCAUUUUCAGCAUCUUUUUUUAAUUGGCUUUAAGACUUUUCCUCAGUUUUGAGUAAUGCUUAAGGCAAUUAUGCCAUCACUUAUAGGCUGCAGUCUAGAGGAGGUAGCGAUUCUGAAUGUGGAUAGAUAUACUUUGACUAGUCCUCCAUUUUGGUUAAAAGGGUUAGUCAAUCAUACCAACGCUUGCAUGCAAUAGCCUGCUGUUGGCAACUAUAAAAAGCACUAUAGCAUUUUACUUAAGGCAUCUGCCAUUUUGAACCAACAUGGAGUCUAUCAUGCCAAUGUUUGCAGGCAGUAGAAGGUGAACACAUUGACCUAAGAUUAAUAGUUAUGUCAACACGUGAAAGUUGGACGUUUCAGACAUUAAUACAGCUAGUCUAAUGUGGCAGUUUUAAACAUCAAACUGCAUAUAUUGUUUUGAUUUUACAAUAUACAAUAAGUAAUGGCAACCAUAUGCACAACCAUAAAAAGCCAGACAUCUGGAACAGUUUGUGGCUUUGUUUAUUUGUUUUAUUUUUGAUAAUCCAAUGGUCAGCCAUUUUGAACUCUAAUAUGUGUUAAUAUAAUUUUAACUGACCUAAGAAACAGAUAGUUGCAAAGGUUUGUGAGUCUAUACUGGUGAGAACAAAAAGUGAAUUGUAGGCUCUGAUUUACUGAUGUUUCUAAUUUAAUUAAACGUGAGGGCAACAGAAUGACCUUUUGUUGGGGUCUGUUCUGCAGUGGCAAGCCAUUUUUUAUGAAGAAUGUUGGAUAUGCACAUAGCCAUGUACAUUUUUUUUUUUUUGCAAUCCUCAAAGCCAUUCAAACUUGUGGAGCAAAGACAGAGAAGAAAAAAACAUCCAUUAUCUACUAAACAGGAUGAUGGCCAGCCAUUUUGAACAGCGAUAUCACAUAAGCCAUCUCUACCAUUUGGGACACUAAAGAAUGCACGUUGACUUGUUGGCCAGUCCUUCCAUGAGGGUCAAAUGUCUGGGAGCUAUUGGCUUACCAACCCCAAGUCUUUGCCAUUUUGAACACUAGCGAUUACCUUUAAAGCCUUGCGCCUUUUAUUUUGCACUGUUAAUACCUUUUGCGCCUUUUUCUGUCAUCUUUAAUGCCUCCAUACUUAUGCACUGAAGACAGCCCCCCCCUACCUUUCCUUCACCUUUUGUUUCCUUUUAAAGGGGCAUGAAACCUCCCACCCAAAAAAAAUACAUUAUUCAGAUAGGAUGACAUAUUAAACAUCUUUCUAAUUUACUUAUAUCAUCAUAUUUUCUUUGUUCGUUAGGUAUCUUUUGUUGAAGAGCAGGGAGGUAAGCUCAGAAGCCUGCCAUGUCUCGAGCAUUAUAUGGUAACACUUUUACAAGAAUGUUAUCCAUUUGCAAGACCACUAGAUGGCAGCAGUUUUACAAGAAUGUUAUCCAUUUGCAAGACCACUAGAUGGCAGCACUAUUUCCUUCCAUGUAGUUAGUGCUCUACACACCUAACUAGGUGUCUCAACAAAGAAUACCAUAAGAAAAAAGCAAAUUUGAUCAUAGAGGCAAUUUGGAAACAUGUUUAAAAUUGUAUUCUCUGUCUAAAUCAUAUAAGAAUAUUUUUGGGUUUCAUAUCCCUUUAAGGGAGCCACCAAUUAAACAAUUGCCCAUGCUGCUGUCUCCCCUAACAUAUCGCCCCAUUUUGUACCUCAGUCAGAACUCUCAUUGGUUCCCUUGUCUGUGUCUCUCAUGUUGAAAACUGUUAGCCAUUUUGAUAGGUGUCCUAGCUAAAAAUCUGCAGUUUUGUUCCCCCCUCUAACCCCCUUUCCUUCUAGUGAUCUGCAGAAGAUUGUUCCUCAUUUAUUUGUGGCUAUGAGUACAAAAUCAGGAAAUAAUGUGAUGUAUGUUUUAUUGAGUCUAAAUGUUUUUAACGAGUUAAUAUGUAAUUAGUCCUAAGCACUGAAUAAAAUAUAUGCAGUAAUCGUC